AUGGUUCUUCAAAAUACAGGUAGAUUCAAAAGUGAUGUACAAAAGAAAGAAUCCGGUUCUUCAGGUCCUAGAGAGGAAUCAUCAGAAUCACGUAUACGUAACGCAUUAGACAAUGACCGAAUUGAUUCUAAAUAUGGCUUUGAUAGGGUACGAGAUAGUAAAGAACGAACGGGUUACCUUAUUAAUAUGCACACGGCAGAAAUUCUGGAUGAAGAUAAAAGAUUGGUAUCUGCAGUCGAUUAUUAUUUUAUGGAAAUGGAUGGCUCAAGGUUUAAAGUAUCAUUGAUGUUCCAACCGUAUUUCCUUAUUCUGGCUCGUAAGGAAUGUGAACAAGAAGUUAUUCAGUAUUUAUCAAAGAAGUUUGCUGGGACUAUACACAAAAUUGAUGUCAUUGAAAAGGAAGAUUUGGACUUAUUAAAUCAUCUAUCAGGCAUAAGACAGAGAUACAUUAAGUUAUCGUUCAUAUCUCAAAAUGAAAUGAUAAAAGUAAGGAGGGAAAUUUUAACAGCGGUAAAUAAAAAUAAAGAAAGGGAGAAAAAGGAUGCCAUUUAUGCUGAAAUGUUAACAAAUGCAUUAACCAGUGCUGCAGCUAUUGAACAUGCUAAAAAGACUACUGAUCAUAUGGAAAAUAUUUUAGAUAUAAGGGAGCAUGAUGUACCCUAUCAUGUACGUGUUUCAAUUGAUAUAAAAAUAUUCUGUGGGACAUGGUAUACAGUGAAAUCUAGAGGAACUGAAACACCAGUGUUCUCAAAAAGGGAUGAUCUAAUAGAAAGACCUGACCCAAUUGUACUGGCAUUUGAUAUUGAGACCACAAAACUACCUCUCAAAUUUCCAGAUUCUCAGACUGAUCAGAUAAUGAUGAUUUCCUAUAUGAUAGAUGGACAGGGAUACUUGAUAACUAAUAGAGAAAUAAUAUCUACUGACGUUGAAGACUUUGAAUAUACUCCCAAGCCAGAGUUUGAAGGGCAGUUUAUUAUUUUUAAUGAAACAAAUGAACUGGCAGUUAUCCAAAAGUUUUUUGACCACAUAAUGGAUGUUAAGCCACAUAUUUUUGUUACUUACAACGGUGACUUCUUCGACUGGCCCUUUGUGGAAGCUCGUGCAGCUAUUCUCGGCUUGGAUAUGAAGCAAGAAAUUGGUUUUAGUAAAAUGUCUGCUCGGGAUGGCACAUAUGCAUGUAGACCGGCAAUGCAUAUGGACUGUUUGUGCUGGGUGAAAAGAGAUUCAUACCUACCAGUAGGUUCCCAAGGUCUGAAGGCGGUCGCUAAAGCUAAAUUGCGUUACGACCCGGUGGAAUUGGAUCCUGAAGACAUGUGUAGAAUGGCAGCUGAACAGCCACAGGUCCUAUCAAACUAUUCAGUGUCUGACGCAGUAGCGACAUAUUAUUUAUAUAUGAAGUAUGUGCAUCCGUUUAUAUUCGCCCUCUGCACCAUCAUACCCCUGGAGCCAGAUGAGGUCCUUAGAAAAGGUUCGGGAACCCUCUGCGAGUCGCUACUAAUGGUUCAAGCGUUUCACGCGAACAUCGUCUUCCCGAACAAACAAGUUGAGGAAUUAAACAAACUCACUGCGGAUGGGCACGUCCUUGAAACUGAGACGUAUGUUGGUGGACACGUUGAGGCUUUGGAAUCUGGUGUAUUCAGAGCGGACAUUAAAUGUAAGUUCCGCAUAGUACCAUCAGCAGUGGAUAAACUGAUAGAUAGCAUAGAGAAGACCAUGAAACACGCUAUAGAGGUCGAGGAAGGCAUUCCGUUGGAUCAAGUAACAAAUUUCGAUGAUGUAUGCGAGGAGAUUAAAGUGAAAUUACAGCAUAUGCGCGAUCAUCCUAGAAGGGAUGAAAACCCUUUGAUAUACCAUUUGGAUGUGGGUGCUAUGUAUCCAAAUAUUAUAUUGACUAACAGGUUACAGCCAUCUGCAAUGGUGUGCGCUAGCGUUUGCGCAGUGUGUGACUACAACAGACCAGGUGCUGAUUGUCAGCGGCACAUGGAAUGGAUGUGGAGGGGAGAGUACUUACCAGCGACGAGGAGUGAGUAUCAGCGUAUCCAACAGCAGUUAGAAACGGAGAAAUUCCCACCUUUGCACCCCGGAGGUCCGCCGAGAGCAUUUCAUACGCUACCUAAAGAGGAACAGGCAGCUUAUGAGAAGAAACGCUUAGCCGAUUACUGUAAGGUUGCGUACAAGAAAACCAAAGUGACUCGUACAGAAGUCCGCACUACUACCAUAUGUCAAAAGGAAAAUUCGUUUUACGUAGACACCGUAAGGGCAUUCAGAGAUCGUCGAUACGAAUAUAAGGCCCUGAACAAGCAAGCGAAGGCACUUGUAGGAGCCGCUGUCGCAAGUGGUGACGCCGCUGAAAUUAAGUCUGCCAAAAGUCGCGAAGUGCUCUACGAUUCGCUACAACUUGCGCACAAGUGUAUUCUAAAUUCGUUUUACGGAUACGUAAUGAGGCGUGGGGCGCGCUGGCAUAGUAUGGAGAUGGGGGGUAUUGUAUGUUAUACAGGCGCUAAUAUUAUUAUGAAAGCGAGAGAAAUCAUUGAACAAGUGGGAAGACCACUCGAACUGGAUACAGAUGGUAUUUGGUGUAUACUACCAUCUUCAUUCCCCGAAAAUGUUACUGUACAUACAACACAUCAGAAGAAAAAGAAAGUCAAUGUCUCCUAUCCCAACGCUGUACUCAAUGCCAUGGUUAAGGACUACUUCACAAAUGACCAGUAUUAUGAAUUAGUUGAUCCGGCUCAGAAGAAGUACGAAAAACGCGCAGAGAACUCCAUAUUUUUCGAAGUAGACGGGCCAUACCUUGCCAUGGUGUUGCCUGCUUCUAAAGAGGAGGGGAAAAAACUUAAGAAGCGAUACGCGGUUUUCAAUUUUGACGGUUCUUUAGCAGAACUUAAAGGUUUUGAAGUAAAACGAAGAGGCGAGUUACAGCUUAUAAAAAUCUUUCAAUCAUCGGUAUUCGAAGCGUUUCUCAAAGGAAACGAUUUGAAAUCGUGUUAUGGCGCUGUUGCAAAGGUGGCCGACUACUGGCUGGAUGUGUUGUACAGUAAAGGCUCUAACAUGCCUGACUCAGAGUUAUUUGAGCUGAUCUCGGAAAAUCGAUCGAUGUCCAAGAAGUUGGAGGAUUAUGGUGGACAAAAAUCUACGUCAAUUUCUACUGCCAAAAGAUUAGCGGAGUUUCUCGGAGACCAAAUGGUUAAGGAUGCUGGUUUAGCUUGUAGAUUCAUUAUUUCCCGAAAACCAGACGGCGCGCCGGUAACCGAACGUGCGAUUCCAUUAGCCAUAUUUCAGUCCCCAGCAGCUGUAAAGAGGCAUCAUUUACGGCGUUGGCUUAAAGACAAUACAAUUACAGAGGAAAUCGACAUUAGAGACGUAUUAGACUGGGCUUAUUACAUAGAGAGAUUGAGUGGCGCCAUCCAGAAGAUUAUUACUAUACCCGCCGCUAUGCAAGGCUUGGAUAACCCUGUACCAAGAGUCCAGUACCCUGACUGGCUGCAUAAGAAAAUGUUAGCUAAAAGCGAUAAGUUCAAAACUAGGAAAAUCACAGAUAUGUUCAGUGCGAAGCCGAAGGAAAUAAGGGAAAAUUAUGAUGAAGCUUCUACCAGCAAUAUUGAUUCUGAGAAUACGAUUAUGGACAUGGAAGAUAUAGGCAGAGAGAUUCAAGACAAAGAAAUACGUCCGAUGGUACAUACGGUGAAACGUAAGAGGGAAGAAUCCCCUGUCAAAGAAGCGGCGACUUGGCGUGAAGCGUUAGGACCACCGCCUCCUUUUGGAAAUACUAAGAAAGAACGCUUAGCCUGGAUCGUGUUUCAAAAAAAGAAAUGGAAAUGGCAAAUUGAACAGCGAGGAAUGAAUAAUCGGAAUAAAAAAGGAAGAACAGACGAACCCACAUCCCUACCGAAGAGUGUUGGCGCAUCUAACACCCUGGGCGGUUUCAUUAAAAGGGCACAGCGCACAUUGCUUAACACUCCCUGGCAAAUAAUACAGAUAGCAGAGACAGCAGAACCCGGGUUGUUUCGCUUGUGGGCACUCGUGGGAAACGAACUACAUCAAAUAAAGUUGACUGUACCGCGAGUGUUCUAUGUAAAUCGGCGGCAGGCGCAUGCAGAGGAGUCUGGGACAUACUGGCGCAAGUGCAGUCGCGUGUUGCCUCGCGCACAUCCCGCUAUACAUCUAUACCAGUAUACUGUCCCCGAACAUCUUUAUAGGGAAACAAGACAGGAACUUAUGAGCGAACUGUCUGCCCCAGAAAUAGAAGGUAUUUACGAGACUCAGAUGAGCUUAGAAUUCAGAGUUCUGGUAACACUUGGAUGUAUAUGCACAGUAGACCAGCAAGAAGCUAGACGGCUUAUACAGUUUGGGUCAAACAUGGAUUCAUUUACUUUAAGUCAGCUGCAGUUCAAGAGUGUCGCGCAUCAACCAUAUUUACAAAAACAGGAUGGCGUAUCUCCAGUGAAACAUAUAUUCCUAUACCAGCAUUCUGCACCAACUUCUAGUCGUAGCAUGUGGUCGCUUGUGUUGGGCCCUACAAAGAAGGCCUAUAUUUUCGUUCUUGACACUGUUAAAACGAACCAAGUGCCUAAUAUGAACACCCUGUAUUCAGCUGAGAGGACUGCCAAAAUUAACUUAGGUACUGAAGAAACUACGCUACCAGGGUCUGAAUUAAGUUGGGAAGUAGUAGUGGAAACGGAAGCGAGGGCCGUGUAUAAGGGAAUACAGAGGGCGCUGCAGAGAUAUCGCGAUGAAAAGUGCGGGCCUACAGUACUGGCGUUGCAGGCAGCAUUAUCUCCUGCUGCACUUAUUGCUGUUAUGCCAGGUUUGUGCGACUUCCCGUUAGUCCCGCUACACGUACGAGACGUUGAAUCUCUGUAUAACACGUUAGAGUGGCAACGUAUCGGCGCACGCGCAAUCGUCCGCCAUUAUCUUAACUUGGACUCUGUUCUCAACCUAACAAUCGAACAAUGCAGAUACUUCCACGUACCAAUCGGCAAUAUGCCUGCGGAUCCAACCUUGUUUGGCGCGGAUUUGUUCUAUGCGCGACAUCUCAUCAAACAUAACUUCGUGUUGUGGUGCUCUAAUCUCGAGAGGCCGGACCUUGGUGGCAGAGAAAUUGAUGACAAUAGAUUGGUGAGUGAAGUGGAAGAUAGCAAAUCCUGUGCGGUGGGUUCUAGCGGUGCUUACGGAAGCGUGUGCGUUGAGUUGGACACCGACGCACUCUGCGUAUGCGCACUGUUGCAGGCGCAUCACAUUUUGCAGGUUGAAGGCACCAGUGUCGCGACAUCUUUUGGAGCUCAACAUGCAAAUAUUCAGGAUGUCAUGGCAAAUACAGGAUCAAACGCAACCGUAAACUACGACGAAACAGCGCAGUGCAGCGCCGCGUUCAAGAUAUUGCGAACAAUGAUUGCGUCAUGGCUGCGUGACGUCACUGUUUAUAAGAACGUCUUUGCCGAUUUUCAAAUAUCUCAUUUUUACCGAUGGCUAAAGACACCCACGUCGCUUCUCUAUGAUCCGGCUUUGCGUCGUACCUUAUAUAACUUGAUGAAGAAGUUAUUCCUCAUGUUGAUAGCCGAGUUCAAACGGCUAGGCUCACAAAUUGUCUAUGCUGACUUCAACAAAAUCAUACUGUGUACUAGUAAGAACACUGUCAUAGACGGCAUAGGUUACGUGGAGUUCGUGGUUCAAAGUAUUAGAAACAAGGAACUAUUUCACGGAAUUGAUAUUCGAUACAAACAGUGCUGGUCUUAUUUGUUGUGGUUGGAUGAAGCUAACUUCGGUGGCGUGCAGGGGAAGUUGCCAGACGGUUUGGUGGAAGUUGGAUCAUCUCAAGUACCACAACCAAGUGACGAAGAUCCGGAGCAAGAAAGCGCAGUUUCAAUGCAAUGGAAUCUGUCAAAUUUCUUACCGGGCGCAGUACGUGAGUACUUUUGCGCUGCUAUUGCGGGUUUCGUUAGCGCUGCGCAUACGCAAGCCGACCAACUGGAGACUUUACUCGCCACUGAGAUGUCACAGAAGUUGUUCCAGAUUACAGAGAAAAUUAAAUCUCGUAUGCCAACUCUAAAGCUCUCAGAACUGGAAUCGCAGCCAGGCCUAAAGACGGAGGUACUGGAAGGAACUUCUCCCGUCCUACUUUUUGUAAAUGCAAUUUGCAAGGUGUUUUCGCUGGACGAAGCCCUUGAAGAUAAGGUGACACUGCUUCGGCGCAAUCUCCUACGGUUAAUCGGCGUUGGUGAAUUUAGCCCUCUGGCGGAAUGGCGUGAGGCGAGCGCCUCGUGUGUGCUCUGCGAGGUCAUUUGCAAAGUGUGCAACCACUGUCGAGAUCUAGAUUUGUGCCUGGACACCCACCGCUCCGUCCACGCUGAGGUGCCCGUAUGUCUCUGCCCAACUUGUGGUACUGCUUAUGAAAACCAAGAAUUGGAAUGGCGUUUGAUUGAGAUUUUAAACCGAAGAGCAAUGUCCUAUACACUGCAAGACUUGAUAUGUUCUAGAUGCCAUCAGGUCAAACGUGAAAACCUCUCUGUUGUCUGUGACUGUGCUGGAGAAUUCACAUUAAUGGUUCCAGUAAAAGAAAUCAAAGAACAACUUGCAACAUUUAAAACAAUAGCUGAUUACUACCAAAUGCCCCUGCUGUCAGAAAUUGUACAUUUUAACUUAAACAACAUAUGA